ACUGCAAGACAGUUUUACUUGUUCUAUCCUGUAAAUAAAUCGAUAUGGAGGAUAUCAUCUUUCCUUUCGGAAGUACAGUCCCCGUUGUGCCUUCAAAACAGCUCUGACCUGUCGAGGCAUGGACUCUAGAAGACCUCUGAAGGUGUGCUGUGGUAUCUUACACCAAGUUGUUAGCAGCAGAUCCUGUAAGUUGUGAGGUGGGGCCUACAUGGAUUGGACUUUUUUGUCCAGCAGAUCCCACAGAUGCUCGAUCGGAUUGAGAUCUGGGGAAUUUGGAGGCCGAGUCAACACCUUGAACUCUUUGUUGUGUUCCUCAAACCGUUCCUGAACCAUUUCAUUAUUCUGCUGAAGGAGGCCAGUGCUAUUAGGGAAUACCGUUGCCAUGAAGGAGUGUACUUGGUCUGCAGCAAAGUUUAGUAGCUCUUUUGUGGGAACGGACCAGACGGGCUAGCCUUCUCUCCCCACGUUCAUCAAUGAGCCUUGGGCGCUCAUGACCCUGACACCGGUUCACUGGUUUUCCUUCCUUGGAUCACUUUUGGUUCCCUAGACACAGCACACAGUAUGAUGACCGUGUAACCCGCCUUCGUCCUCCUGAUUCACCAUGGCGUCUGUAACAGUUGGUGAAAAUCAGCUCCAGAGGAUAAUCAGAGAUCUGCAUGACUCGGUUGCUGAAUUGACCAAGGAGCACGUGGAGAGUGGAGAACCCAUCACAGACGACAGCCCCAGCCUCCACAAGUUCUCCUACAAGCUGGAAUACUUACUGCAAUUUGACCAGAAAGAGAAAACCACUUUUCUGGGCAGUAGGAAAGACUACUGGGACUAUUUCUGUGAUUGCCUGGCCAAGAACAAAGGGACUAACGAUGGCAUCCGCUUUGUCAAGUCUAUCUCAGAGCUGAAGACAUCUCUGGGAAAAGGCCGAGCCUUUAUCCGCUACUGCCUGGUGCACCAACGACUGGCGGACACUCUUCAGCAAUGUCUGAUGAACCAGAGAGUCACUUGUGACUGGUACUACGCCCGCAGUCCUUUUCUGAAGUCCCACCUCAACGUCGACAUCGUCAAUCACCUGUACGAGCUGAACGAGAUCCAGUUUGACGUGGCGUCCAGGGGAUAUGAUCUGGACUCCGAGUGGCCCGCCUUUGCCAGGAGAACUGUGGGAUCCGCAGUGUCAGGUGCCCACGUGUGGAGACCUCCCAGCCGCUGCUCCAGUGUCAACAGCCUUGUCAGCAACUACUCGCAGCAAGUGCAGGACUUUCUCCCAGGCCCAGAGUUGAGCACCAGUUUUCAAGCAGACCUUGGAGAACUAGGAGAACUCUCUUGUUCUGUAGAUGACCUGCGUGUUGAACUUGACCAGUCAGAGCUACGGAAACAACAACUUCAAGAGCAGGUUCAUCUGCUUACUGACGAAGCAGCAGAAUUAAAGCAGGAGGUUGCUGAUCUCCAAAUGAAGCUACAUGCUGCUGAGAGUGCCAGUCGAAAGCCAUGCAAGGAGGAAGCAGGGACGGCAACAAAGGAGUCACGCAAUCAAAAGGAUGAAGUGGAGAAGCUGGAAGCCGGGCGCAAAGCCGAGGAUUGGGCAAAGCAGGCUGAAAGAUUGGCCCAAGAACUCAAGGCUCAGGGGGAAAAGUUGAAAGAUAGUGAAGAGGCGCUCGCCAGGCUCCGCACAUCUAGCGAGAAGGAAAGAACCGCUGCAAUCCAGCAGGCUGAUGAGCUCCAAGCGACUGUCAGUCGCCUCAGUGAGGCGCUGUCUUUGAAAGAGCAGGAGGCAAAGAAUUUGCAUACCCAGCUGCAGAACAUGCAAAGCACACUUCAGGAUAGAGUCCUACAGCUAGAGGAGGUGAAGAAGAACGCACAGCUGGAGCGUGAGGAGCUCCAACAAAAGAGCAGCAGUCUAAAGGAAGCACUAGAUACUCGGGUUGUAUCACUGCAGGAGCAGUUGAAAGCAAAGGAGAUCAAGCUCUCGAUCAGCACUCAGAAGAUCCAGCAGUUAGAAAACCAGAGCCUGGAAAGCCAGAGCAAGAUGCUGGAGGAGUACAAGAUCCAGUGCUUCAGCUUAAUGGAGAUCAAUGCAAAGUUGGUCAGUACAGUAAAGAGGAGCGAGGAAAGCAACAAGGAGCUGGCUCAGACAAAAGAUGCUCUGGAAAGAGAACUGACCUCUCUGAAAGCCUCCAAGAAGCAGAUCAGGGCCAGGCUGGGUUCCGCUGGGCUUACAGUGGAGGAGAGAGAGAAGAUGUUUGUGGAGGAGAACCAGUGUCUUGAGGAGAACACCCAGAAAUCCCAGGUGAACACUGAGGCCAGUAUGAAGGAGAGACAUGGAGAGCUAGAUAAUGGACCAAGCUCCAGGGAGAACAAGAAAGUGUCUGACCAAGAAUUAAAAGAUGUUCAAAAUGAAGAGCUGACUACACAGACAGAUCCCAGGAAGGAUCUCUACCUAAUAAAGCACUCUGAAACUGGAGAAGCAGCUUCUAGACUAGCUCUGGCUGAAGCCCAACUAGACUUAAACAUGAAGGAGGUCUCCAGGCUCCAGGAAGAGGUUGUAGAUCUUCGAGCCCAGCUCCAAGUAACCUCAGAAGAGAGGAUGAAGAUCCAAGCUUUGCAGGAGGUGACUGAGGCCUCCAGGGCAGACCUUUGUGCUCAGACUGACCAGCUUCAAUCCCAGGUGGAGGACCUGAACCGCCGGCACAUUGAGGAGCUUCUGCACUGUAAGGUGAAGGAGGAGGAACUGGAAAAGAAGUGGGAUACUGAGGCCCAGGCUCGAGCCAACCUACAGACCGAGUUGGACUCCAUGAGGGAAGAGCUUCACGUGCUGAAGAGACAGAACAAUGCCCUGGGCCUGGAGAAUGAAGAGGCUAGAGAGGCCCUUCACAGAGCCAACACUGAGACUGCAGAGUUGGGCAUCCAAGUGUGUAUGCUUACCGGGCAGAACGAAGAGGCAAGGUUGCGCUGUGAGGAACUCUCAGCCAAGCUACAGGAGCAGCUGGUGGUGCAGAAUGACACACAGACCCUCAACGACUCUGUGGAGAGCCUAAAAAAAGACAACGCUCGCCUCCAAGAGGAGCUGAAACAAGCAGAGGGUAUCAGGAAAGCCAAGGAGGAACUCCAACAGAGGCUUGAGGGGGCGCAGGAGGAGGCCAGGAGCUUGCGGAAAAGCAACCAAAAAGAGCUCAGUGCUCUUCGGCUUCAGCUGAGCGAGGCAACCACAAACCACCAAAACCAGAUGAAGGUUUUGGAUGAGGAGCUGCUGGGCACAAAGUCUCAGAUGGAAGCAGAGCAGAAAAACAUGUCGGCCCUGGAGACCAGACUGGCAGAGCUUGAGGCCAACAUCACCAGCCACAGUGAGAAACUUGAGGAGAAAAAUGCCUGCAUUGCCAAAUUAGACACGUUGCUUCUGCAGAAAGAGGAACAGCUCAACCAAAUACAAAGUGACCUGGCAAAGGCUCAGGAAGAACUUACUCUCACCCACAAAGCCUGUCAGGACCUGAGUGAGAACCUGCGCAGAACGCUCAUGGAGAAGGAGGCAUGCGAUCUCAGAUCAUCUGCAGAGAUAGACGAUCUUUACCGCACGAAAAGGAACCUGGAGGAAAGACUUAUCGAGCUUAUUCGGGAGAAAGAUGCACUGUGGCAGAAAUCAGACGCUCUGGAGUUUGAACAGAAGCUGAGAGCCGAGGAGCAGUCAGACCGAGAGCUUACGUACUGCUCUGAGUGUCACACACAGUUCAGCUGGUGGCUCCGCCGACACACCUGCAGGCUGUGCGGUCGGCCUUUUUGCUACUACUGCUGCAGUCACACAGUGAGCAGCCAGCAGGGCGGCGUCAGAGAGCGCUGCUGUAAGGACUGUUACACUCGGCAUGGUGCAGCAGAGCGUCACCCUCAGGAGGAGCUCGGAAGUCCGUCUCGGCCGUCAUACAGCCCACUGUGCUCCACUCCCACCAGAGCCUCCAUGCCCAGUGUCACAGUUGCACCGCAGUCCCCAAGGUCAGACGACGCGGCGUUCGAUAUCAUCACAGACGAGGAGGUGAACUGCAUUUACGACAACGAGACGCUGCCCUACACCACAGCUCUGUCUCCAGGAAGUGGACAUCAAGGAACACAUGAGAUUAGCAGCAGUACGAGCGGCGGCGACCUCACUGCAGACGAGUCGGAGGAGCUGCCGAGCUCGGUGCAGGACGCAGAGAUCUGCCUGCUCAAGUCUGGAGAAGUCACGCAGUCCGUGCCGUUCAACGUGGAGGAGAUCUCUAUUUUCGGCCAGGAGUCCAGAGAACUCUUCAUAAAGUCGAGCUGCUACAGUCUCAUCCCCAUCACCAUGGUUACCGCUGGACCCACCAUCAGCUGGGUGUUUUCCUCUACGCCAAAGAGCAUCUCCUUUAGUGUGGUGUACAAAGAGAGCAAAGACACACCACUGGAGCAGGCCAAGGUUCUGAUCCCUUUAACCAGGUGUAACUCUCACAAGGAUGCAAUCCAAGGCCAGGUGAAAGCUCGCAACCCCGGAGAAUACACGCUGAUCUUCGACAACUCCUUCUCCAGGUUCAUCUCGAAAAAAGUGCUGUACAAACUGAGCAUGGAGCAGACGGUCGUCUACGAUGGCAGCGACUGACCGUGAAAACAGGGAAGCACUCGUCAUACACACUUCUGUCUGUCUGGCUGAAGAGACUCCAGGUGUACGAGUGGACCGAAGAGUUAUCGAGCCUUUUGUGUUUUCCGGACAGUUUACUUUCUCAGUGAAAAUCCAGCCUCAUGUCGAGAGCACAACACACUACUGAUAGGACACGUGAUUAUUUCAAGCGAAUCAGCUUCACAAGGUAUUACAGAAAUAUCUUUUUUUUUUUUUUCCUGAUACGUGGAUUGUCUUCACAGGACGGUUAGUUUUUAAAUAUAUAUAUUUUGUUAGUACAGAAAGCACUUCUCUAGUCACAUGACCAAUCGAAGCAAAUAGGAUAGACCGACCGGAGACGACGUGCGCCGCAGACUCUUCAGCGCUUUUAAAUAUUUCGAUUUGAGCCAUGUUACAGGAAAGUAAGUCUGCGAGUCUAAAACGAAAUCUAUUUUUACGUACUUCACGAUGAACAUGCAGACGGAAUAGAAUAUUCAACUAUACGCAGAUGAGAUUUUUCGAGUCCAAGAGCUAUUUACGAUGGUUUUAAUUCAUCCCGUUGAAAUAAAACAUUUCUCACUCUAAAAUAACGCCGCAUCGGACAGAAAGUCUUACGUGCACAGGCGUGUUUAUGAGAGCACAAGCUUCAAAUUAAUUUAAAUUGAUUUUUUUUUUUUUUUUUUAUCUGACAGCACAAACGUUCCGCCUCGUUAUCUGAGAACAGCGCUUCGGCACGUUUGAAGGUUUUCGCGAGCGUCUCGGAGCGAUUACGCAUACACCGAGACGAGCCGUACGCAUAACUGGACCGAGCACAAGCACAGCAUAAUCAUCUGACGGUCACGUUUUUACAGCUCGCCGCGCGUUUCCGUUCCGCUGACGCAACGAGAAAUUUUAUACGCAAUAUCUUCGCUGCUCUGUAUUUAAACCAGACUCCUGAAUUGUAAGUCAGUGAGCCGAACCAAGUUGAACCCAGUGCACGAUGAAAUUAUUAUUAUUAUUUAAGCUGGGUUGUCGUAACAGGAUGAUUUCUACUGAGGAGAAUUAAAGGGGUGGGUUGAGAAAUCAAAUGUUUAGUGUACGACAUACGCAUUUGUAGUUUAGCACCGUAGCUAUACGGCUAACGGAAGACUCUCGCACAAAACGUUUGCCGUAAACUCAAACCCAAAUUUUCCUGCACGUACUUUAAGUCACCGAGCUUUUAGUAAAGUUGUCUGUGAAUGAUCCGAAAAAAUGUUUUAAAACGAUUUCAUUGACACCGAUUUUCUUUGUGUUGACGUGUGCGCCGUGAUAAAUGCCAAGCGAGUGUAUGGAACAGCUAGUUUACAUUUAGCCCCGCCCAUAAAACUCCAUAAAAGGCAAAGCUCACAGAGCUGAAAACAACAAAACGAGAUCUAAACAGAUGAGCUAUUCCUUCUUUUACAGGGCGCCAUUUCUUUUCUUUCUUGAAUAUCUACUCCGAUUUUGUUUUCCUGUAUGCAUUUCUUCCGAGUCUUUGAUGUGAAAUUUCAUGAAACGAAAAGUAAACUUGCGCGUACGACAAAUAAAUAAGGCGUUUCAACUCGACAGCGUCAUCCUCCAGUAACUCAUCGUCUGUUACGCGAUUUUAAACAGACGCGCGUUUUAACGAUACACAUCCUCACAAAGAGGAGCUUUACAGGAAUCCCGAUGUAGGUUUAGAUCUCUGCGAGCGAGCGAGGCGGUGGCGAGAAAAAUCUGAUCGAGACGACACGAGGAGGAAAGAAUUCAGAAAUUCUACUUUCUAAUAGCAAGAUGGGAUCGUAUUCACAAAACUAGAGGAUCGUAAACUGGAGAACUUUAGGAGGCGUGGCCUAGGGGAGACGUCCAAGAUUUCUGCCCGCAUGACAUUGCAGCGUUUACGGUAAGUGUUUGUGAUAUCGCUCGAGGCAGAUCUUUACAGAAACGAUUUGUUUGCUUAUUUAGUUUUGCCCCAGCGCACCCAACUCCAAUCACGUCUCGGCUAAUCGACUACUUUUGGUGAAAUAAUGACGUAAAUUCGAUUUUUCUCUAACCCCUUCCUUGUGUCACUUUUGCAGAAAUGCACUUUUUGAACUGUUUUCAACCUUGUUUUUAUUCGAGUGAUGUACGGUACAGUCAUUUACUGUAAGCACAUGAUGUACAGUAGGACAAUGGGAUUUAGACGUAUGGGACAUCAGAGUAGCGAAUUGAAAUUUAACUGAUUUAAUGAAUAAACUGACAGCAGCGGUCGGUUGCUAUAUCAAA